GCAGGCGAGGCCUCCAAGAUGGCGGCGGCCCCGAGCAAGCAGUGAGUGGGGGAGGGGCGCCUCAGGGAAGCCGCCUCGUCGCUCGCCUCCAGGGAAAUGGAGGCCGGCGGAGACGAUGGCGACGACGAUACGGGCUGAUAUUUCCCAAGAAGGCGCAGCAGAAAACCUUCGUCAAACAUGCCGUCUUUAUGGAUGACUCUGACGAUGAGUCUUCGGUGAGCGAGAGCCUUCAGCGAGAAGCCUUGAAAAAGCAAGCAAUGAAACAAACCAAGCUUGAGAUCCAGAGGGCACUGGCGGAGGACUCCACGGUGUACGAAUAUGACAAUAUUUAUGACGACAUACAGCAGAAGAAGGCAGAAAGUCAGGCCAGCACCCUGGCAGGGAAAGGGGAAAAAAAGCCCAAGUACAUCCAAAAUAUACUCAAGGCAGCUGAGCUGAGGAAGAAGGAGCAGGAGAAGAGAAUGGAAAAGAAAAUUCAAAAGGAACGUGAAAUGGAAGGCGAUGCCUUUGAUGACAAAGAAGCCUUUGUAACAUCGGCCUAUAAGAAGAAGCUGCAGGAAAGAGCAGAAGAGGAAGAAAGGGAGAAGAAGGAGGCAGCCAUUGAAGCAUGCCUUGAUGUGACCAAACAGAAGGAUCUGAGUGGUUUUUAUAGACACCUACUGAACCAGACAGUAGGGGAAGAGGAAAUGCCCAAAUGCAGCCUUCGUGAGGCCAGGUUAAAGGAAGACAAAACCAGCGAACAUCCCAGUGACUCCAGAAAUACGAGCGAAAGCCAAAAUGGGAGGACAAGAACAACGAAGGGAGAAGAUAACCCAGAUGCAGACAGCAACUUGGAAAUUGAUACCAGUGAUGAUGAGAAGAGGGCUAAAGUAGACAGAGAGAGCAGAGCGAGCGAUAGAAAGGAGAGCAGGCAAGGCCAGUUGGAUCACAGCAAGGACAGAUCCAAGCGUCGCAAGAGCCAAAGGGACUCAGGGUCAUCCAGCGAGGAGAAGAGCCAUCGCUCAAAGGUGGCUGUGAGUCACCAAGAGAGAGAGGAGGGAGCCAGAAGGGAAAAAGGUGGGCAAAGAGAUUGUGAGAGAAAGCAGAGAGACCGUGGAAAAGAGGAGCUACCAAGGUCAGAUGAGCAUCAGAGGAGGCAGGAGGAAAAAGAGGACAAGCAGAGGAGGAAGGACAGGAAGGAGAGAGAUGAUUAUGACAGACAGAUGAAGAAAGAGAGGGACAGAGAGGACAAGUACUCCGAGUGGGAGCAGCAAGUGAAAGAAAGGCCCACUGGCAACAAAGACCAACAUGAGAAUAGGGAAGGAGACAGAGGGGCAAAGGAAGUCCGGGAGGAGAAACAGCAGCAAGAGAGGAAUAGUAGGAGCCCGGUGUCUUUGCUAAGAGAUGACCAUCAGGGUCAGGAACACAGUGAGAGGAGCGGGAAGGAUAAUUCAACCGAGUCAGAAAGAUCACCAGCAUUGGAAGGCAAGCCCUCAGGGGAGGAGGGAGCAGGGCAGACGGAGAAGUCUCCAGAACAGAAGAGCAAGUUUGCCAAGCGUAGCAACGAGGAGACGGUCAUGUCAGCCAGGGACCGCUACCUGGCUCGUCAGAUGGCACGGGUUGGCACCAAAGCUUACAUAGAGAAAGAGGAGGAUUAGGGGUCUUUUCAGGGAGAGAACACCUCAGGAGAUGACCCAUGUUCCCUGGCGAGAGCAGAAGGACAUCAGGGAUUGCACUUUGGAGCAAAGAGGGCCUUUAUUUCUAAGACAGCUUUGAAAAGGAGCUCCUGUGAAACAGGUAGAGAGAUGUCACCUUGCCACACAGGGUAGUUAUGCCAUCUUGCUCCAGCUCACCCUGCCCUCCUGCACACAGGCGGGUUUGUACUCUGUUUCAGAGUAUGAGAAUGCAGUAAGCCUCCUUUGAUCGAUGACACCUUAAGCCCCACGGCCUAUGCAUAACCAUCUCUGUGGAUGUUUCCUCAAGAUCCCACCAAGAAAGGAAAGACAAACAGGAAGACACAACUAAGACAAGCGAUAGAACACAGUUUAGUUCUACAGUGAACUUUAAAAACUAGGGGGCUCUGUUUGUGCUUUUCUUAUUUCUUCCUGUACAGAAAUGGUGAAAUAAAAAGAAAGUGAUGAAUUUUAA